ACACACACGUUUGUUUGACAAACACAAUUAAACCUCAGAGGAAGAAGUUCAGUUUCACCGCGCUCUCUGUUGUUGUUAUGUCGGUGUGCUGCCUUAAUACAAACGGUUAGACAAGUUUCUAAGAGAAAAAAAAUACAGAUUUUGAAUCAGUUCAGUAAAUACCUGUAAUAUCCUCGUCCUCAUAGUCGUGACUGAGUUUUGAAGCGAGCAGGAAUAUCUGGAGGAGUUUAUCAUUUGAACUGAGAUCUGCUGCUGUGAAGAUGGAGUUUGUGAAAGAGGAGAGAGAAGAGAACACGAGUGAACCAGAAACCAGCAGAAUAAAACAGGAGGAAACAGAAAUAAAACACGAGGAACCAGAAACCAGCACAAUAAAACAGGAGGAAACAGAAAUAAAAAACGAGGAACCAGAAACCUGGGCAAUAAAACACGAGGAAACAGAAAUAAAACAUGAGGAACCAGAAACCUGCAGAAUAAAACACAAGGAACCAGAAAUAAAACACGAGGAACCAGAAACCUGGAGAAUAAAACACGAGGAAACAGAAACCUGGAGAACAAAACACGAGGAAACAGAAAUAAAACAUGAGGAACCAGAAACCUGGAGAAUAAAACACGAGGAAACAGAAAUAAAACACAAGGAACCAGAAACCUGCACAAUAAAACACAAGGAAACAGAAAUAAAACAGGAGGAACAAGCAGAGAUAAACAGAGGUCUUACGGGUUUGAAACAACAUGAGGAGUUCAUUGAAGAAAAAGAGGAAAAUGAAGAAUACAGUGAAGUUGAGGAGAAAAAUAAUGUCAAAACUGGUGGCAAAACUUUGAGUUGCUCUCAAACCAAACAGAAAGAUUUAAAGAAAAAAAGAGUUAAGGUAUCAUUCACCUGCACUCAGGGUGGAAAGAGUUUCACAUGUAAAUCAAAUCUUAAGCAUUACAUGAGAGUUCAUACUGGAGAGAAACCAUUCACUUGCAAUCAGUGCGGGAAGAUUUUCAAACAAUCAUUAAACCUUAAGGAUCACAUGAACAUCCACACUGGAGAGAAACCUUACAAGUGUUCACACUGUGACAAGAGAUUCAGUCAUUUUUCAAGUCUGAAAACACAUGAGAGGAUCCACACUGGAGAGAAACCUUACAAGUGUUCACACUGUGACAAGAGAUCCAGUCAGUCAGGAAAUCUGAAAAAACAUGAGAGCACUCACACAGGAGAGAAACCUUACAAGUGUUCACACUGUGACAAGGGAUUCGCAGUGUCAACAGAGCUGAAAACACAUGAGAGGAUUCACACUGGAGAGAAACCUUACAAGUGUUCACACUGUGACAAGAGAUUCAGUGUGUCAUCAAAUCUGAAAAAACAUGAGAGGAUCCACACUGGAGAGAAACCUUACAUGUGUUCACACUGUGACAAGAGAUUCAGUCGGUCAGCAGGUCUGAAAAAACAUGAGAGCAUCCACACUGGAGAGAAACCUUACAAGUGUUCACACUGUGACAAGGGAUUCAGUGAUUCUACACAUCUGAAAACACAUGAGAGGAUCCACACUGGAGAGAAACCUUACAUGUGUUCACACUGUGACAAGAGAUUCAGACGGUCAGCAGGUCUGAAAAAACAUGAGAGGAUCCACACUGGAGAGAAACCUUACAAGUGUUCACACUGUGACAAGAGAUUCGGUGAUUCAUCAAGUCUGAAAACACAUGAGAGGAUUCACACUGGAGAGAAACCUUACAAGUGUUUAAUCUGUGACAGGAAAUUCAGUGAUUCAUCGAGUCUGAAAAGACAUGAGAGGAUUCACACUAGAGAGAAAGUACAUCACCGCAAUGUACGUGGGAAGUGUUCCAUUGAUUCAUCUGUUAUACACAAAAACCAACCACAGUAAGGCCCCGUACACGCGGAGACGCAUUUAGCUGUAUAUGUAAAUAUUUUGUAUGGUAUAUGCGUUUCGUCCAGACGGAUCCGGCAUUCGGGGCAGUGAAAACCCUAUUUUUUUUUCUUUUUUUUAAACUAGGUCCCAGAGUGGAUAAAUCUGAAAAUGACACCUUUGUGUUUUUCUGUACUGCCAAUCCAUAUGUUUUGUAAAACAAUGAUGUCAUCACCCCACGUCUUGACCAUAUUCAGACACCGCUACGUCAUUUAACAUGUUUGUGCUCAUGCUGCAGAAGCUACUGAGCCUGUAAGCUUGACUAAACUUACUAGUAGAGCAGCACGAUAUUGGAAAACAACUCACAUAGCGAUGAUUUUUCUGAUUAUUAGGAACACCAUAGUAAUACAGUGUUUGACCCCCUUUCGCCUUCAGAACUGCCUUAAUUCUACAUGGCAUUGAUUCAACAAGGUGCUGAAAGCAUUCUUUAGAAAUGUUGGCCCAUAUUGAUGGGAUAGUUGAUGGAGAUUUGUGGGAUGCACAUCCAGGGCACGAAGCUCCCGUUCCACCACAUCCCAAAGAUGCUCUGUUGGGUUGAGAUCUGGUGACUGUGGGGGCCAUUUUAGUACAGCGAACUCAUCGUCAUGUUCAAGAAACCAAUUUGAAAUUUGAACUUUGUGACAUGGUGCAUUAUCCUGCUGGAAGUAGAAAACAUCCCCCACACCAUUACACCAACACCAGCAGCCUGCACAGUGGAAACAAGGCAUGGUGGAUCCAUGUUCUCAUUCUGUUUACGCCAAAUUCUGACUCUACCAUCCGAAUGUCUCAACAGAAAUCGAAACUCAUCAGACCAGGCAACAUUUUUCCAGUCUUCAACUGUCCAAUUUUGGUGAGCUUGUGCAAAUUGUAGCCUCUUUUUCCUAUUUGUAGUGGAGAUGAGUGGCACCCGGUGGGGUCUUCUGCUGUUGUAGCUCAUCCGCCUCAAGGUUGUGCGUGUUGUUGCUUCACAAAUGUUUUGCUGCAUACCUUGUUUGUAACGAGUGGUUAUUUCAGUCAAAGUUGCUCUUCUAUCAGCUUGAAUCAGUCGGCCCAUUCUCCUCUGACCUCUAGCAUCAACAAGGCAUUUUCGCCCACAGGACUGCCACAUACUGGAUGUUUUUCCCUUUUCACACCAUUCUAUGUAAACCCUAGAAAUGGUUGUGCGUGAAAAUCCCAGUAACUGAGCAGAUUGUGAAAUACUCAGACCGGCCCGUCUGGCACCAACAACCAUGCCACGCUCAAAAUUGCUUAAAUCACCUUUCUUUCCCAUUCUGACAUUCAGUUUGGAGUUCAGGAGAUUCCCUUGACCAGGACUACACCCUUAAAUGCAUUGAAGCAACUGCCAUGUGAUUGUGGAUUACAGACUUGCUCCCACUAGACCCGAUGCAACAGAGAGCAGCGCUGGACAAGACUUCUGUGUGUGUGUGUGUGUGUGUGUGUGUGUGUGUGUGUGUGUGUGUGUGUGAGUGAGUGUGUGUGUGUGCAGGAUACAGGAAAACAAAAUGAUUCAUGGGACUCCACAAAUUAGAAAUAUCUAAACAUAAAAUUUGUUAAAAAAGGUUAAAUUUCUUCCUUUUAAUAUUCCUUUAACAAAGCAAGUUUGUCGUUA